GAUUGUUGGAGGUGGAAAGUCCACCAUCAAUAACAACAACAACACAUCACCACCAACAACCACAACAACGAACAUUCGGCAACUUUCUCCUUCUACCAAUCCUCACAUAACUACCACCAAUCAUAAUUAUAACAAUUUGAACAUUCCCGGAUUGUCAUUGACCACUAGUAGUGAUGUGAGCAUUCCAUCAUCAUUAAAUUCUUCAUCCAAUUCGAAUAAUAUAAUUUCUUCAUUUAAUUCAUCAUCAUCAUCACCAUCAUCCAUAAAUGCUUCAACAAUACCACCAACAUCUUCACCAUCAUCAUCACCUGCAAAAUAUGUAAAAUCUCAUCGAAGUAGGAAGGGUUUAUUUGGUCAGAAGAGAAAUAGUAGUGUCAAGUAUGCAAAUUCUGUCGUUUCAAUGAGAACAUUGGAUGAUGAUAGGAGAAUUACGAUACAUGGAAAUGUAAUUUCUAAUCAAAUGUUGAUUGGAUUGGAUGAAAAUGGAUCAAUGAGAAAUUUAUAUGGUUUGGCAUCUGAUUUACCAAAUGAAAUUUUGAUUAAAAUAUUUACAUAUUUGAAUGGAAUUUCAUUUUAUAGAGUUUGUUUGGUUUGUAAGAGUUGGUACAGAGCUUGUGAAGAUGAAAUUUUAUGGGAACAAGUUUGUUCAAUGAUUUAUCCAAAUGAAACUCAGAAAAUGCAAAAAUCAAAUAAUAGACGAAACAAGAUUACAAAAUUCAAAAAUAUUUAUUCAGAAAUUGUGUAUAAUGAUUUUAUAUUGUUAAAAACAGGAUCAUUCGAGAAAAAAGAUAUCAAAUUUAAAAAGUCACCGUGGAGUAAAGAAGAUUACAUUUUCUUCCAUUCACCCAAUAAUAAUAAUGGAAACUCCACUUCUAAUAAUGGUAAUAACAGUGCAAAUCAUUUAAAUUCAGCUCUAGUUUCUACUGGUAGUGAGGAAAAUGUCUUGAGUAUUUCACCUUCAAGUGCAGUUAAUCAAUCAAUGCCUGUUAAAAUUGUGGUGGUUGGAGAUGGUGCUGUUGGAAAGACUUCAUUGUUGGGGAGGUUUGCCAAUGAUGAAUUUUUAUCAGAUCAAUAUCUUCCAACUAUUUUUGAUAAUUUUACAACAUAUUCAACAUUUGAUAACAAGACAUGGGCUGUCACUAUUAUAGAUACUGCUGGAUCAGAAGAUUAUGACAAAAUAAGACCUCUGAGUUAUACAGGAUGUGACUUGUUUAUAUGUUGUUUUGAUUUAAUGAACACAUCGAGCUUUCAAAAUGUUUUAAAUAUUUGGAUAAGAGAAUUAAAUUUAUGUGCACCAAAUGUUCCAAUCCUUUUAUGUGGAACCAAAUUGGAUUUGAGAAUAUCGAAUAUCAACGAAUCAGGUUCACUCAAAUAUUAUAUCGAUUCUAAAUUUUCAAAGUAUGGAGUGGUCACAUUUGAUGAAGGAGUGGCAUUGGCCAACAAGAUUGGUAAUUGUGUUGGAUAUAUUGAAACUUCUGCUAAAUCAGGACAAGGUGUUAAGAAGUGCAUUGAAACAGCAAUAUCAUACAGCUGUAAAUAUUCCCUGUCGCAAUUAGUGAGAUACAUGCCUAGAUCGCCAACAACUGGCUCACCUAACAGCGAUAACGGAACGAUACCCAACAAGAGAAACAGUAAUUGUAUAAUAGAGUAACAAUUUUGAUUAAUUAUAGUAUAUUAGGAAAGUUUAAAAAUUGAAUUUGACAAGGUUGAAAUUAUUGUAACAUUCUUAUUAUCUCCACGUUUUUGUAAAAUAAAAAGUAGAUCAGUAAUGUACCUCUUGAUUUGGUACUGAUUAAGU